AACUGUGAAUGUUGUCAUAACUAUAAUAAAUACAUACAGUCAUAUUUAAUAAAUUAAAAUAUGUGUUCCAGUGAGGAUUAUCUGUCAAAUAAAGAGUAUAUUUUUUAAAUAACAACCCUUAAGCAAUUAUAAAACAUGUCUUUAAAGAGCCCACAUUUCUGUAUCAAAAAAGUUGUUUUUGGUCUGAUGUAAUAUUCUAAUCUUAAAUUUCAUGUUUUCAUCAGCUGUAAGCAUAAAAUCCUCAUAAUUAGCAGAAAUAAAGGCUUGAAAACAUCAGUUUGUCUGCAGUUAAUCUAUGCAAUGUGCUUCACUUAGUGAGCUAAGUUACUGAAAUAAAUGAACGUUUCAACAAUAUUCAAAUUUAUUGAAUGGGUCUGUGUGUAUAUAUAUAUAUAUUUUUCAGACAAACACAGACAUGCAAAGGAACCUUUGUAUAAAUCCACUAGUUCUGUGGUGAAGGCAUCAGAGGUUACAUUAGUAAACAAACAGUACCUUAAAGACCAAGGAAUACAGCAGAUCGGUCGGGGAAAAAAUAGUGGAGAAGUUUAAGCAAGUUAAGUAUUAAAACAGUAUCCCAUCACUUAAUCAGGAAAUGAGACAUGAGGCCCUUGGUAACUCUAGGAGCAGCAAAGAUCUACAGCUCUGGUGGGAGAGUUUAUAGACAAGAUAACAAUUAGUAAAACACUCCACAAAUCUGCGCUCUAUUAAAGAGAGACGAUAAGAAAAGGAAUUGUUGAAAGAAAGCUAAAAUAAGUCUUGGUUGCAGUUUGGCACAAAUCACGUAGGAAACUCUACCAACAUCUACAGGAAGAUGCUCUUGUAAAUUGAGACGAAAUAAAAUGUUUUGAUGCACGCUCAAAAUGUGGCAGAAAACUAACACUGCAUAGCACCCUGGAAACACCAUCUAGUAUCAUACUGUGGGGAUGGUUUUUCUCAGCAGGGAUGGGAAGCUGAUCUGACUAGAUUGGAUGGGAUAAUAGACCUACAUAUAGCCCAGUCCUGGAAGAAAGGCCGUUAAAGAGGGUAAAAUACUUGAGAUUGAGAGAGAGGUUCCCAUUCCAGCAGGACAAUAACUCAAACAUACAGUCACAGCUACAACAGAAUGUCUUAGAUCAAAGAAUACUCAUGUGCUAGUAUAGUUCAGUCAACGUCCAGACCUUAACACAACUGGGAAUCAGUGGCAAGACUUGAAACUUAAUGCUCACAUUUGUUCUCGAUCCAAUGUGACUUAACUUGAGGUCGUUUACAAAAAACAAAAUGAGCAAACAGUAGAAAAAGGUGGUUUUACAAAGUAUUGUUUGGAGGGUCUAUAUAGAGGUGCAUGCCACACUGUAAAAUAUUCUAAAACAAAAAGGGUAUUUUGUUCAGCUUCACAAUUGUGUGCUCCUUUGUGUUGGUCUAGCACAUACAAAUAUGAAAUAUAUUCAUGUUUGUGGUUGUAAGCUGACAAAACAUACAGUAGAGUUUAGGGACAUGAAUCCUUCCAUAUUAUUUUGGGUAGGAUUGACAAAUGGAGGACAAAAAUGCACUGAGUUCUCUAACUAAAAAGCUAUGUUCAUGCCUAUUCCUCUGACUUUAUAAAAGCUUGCUGGAGUUGACAAACUGGCCAAUGUGGAGCCACAGUUCCAAAGCCACUGACAGCUUUCUGAGAUGAAUUGCUUUUUCUAUUAGGAAUUAGGGUCUUCUUCAUCCAGGAAGUUGCUGAAAGCAGGUCAGCGUCAUUAAGCAGACGGGGUGUGUUACGCUAGUCUCUGCUGUCCCUGCGCACUGGAGACUCUCCCCACACCGAUCUCCCGUGUUUUGGUGCUCAGCGCUCACACCUGAAGUGACAGAGCCAAGCUCAGAGCGCACAGAGCUUCCCACUCCUGAUCAACCGCUGCUUUUGGAGAGAAAUGUAGGAGGAAGGAUGCACGCAUACGCGGCUGGAUCUGGAUGUAAUCAAUCAUUUUUUCUACUCUGGGAUCUUCAUUUAUUUAAAAAAUAAAUCAAAAGCGCCUGGCGUUUCUGCUGCCCAUCCUGCCUGUCGUCUAAGUAUCUUCGAAGCACCAUGCGAGCCGGAGAGACGCGCCUUGUGCCAUGUUGAACAGCUCCCUGACUCUCCUACUGGCUUUUACCGCGGUGGCCGCAUUUCUCUCGCCAUGCCAAGGCUGGAGCGACGAGGACCUCCUCCUGCCACCCAUCAACUCCUCCAACAGGUUCCUGGCCAACCUGGAGGUGGACGUGCGCUUCUCCAAGAGGUCGGUCGAAGAAAGCGACGCCUCACCCGAAGCUUCGCCGCUGCAGAGCCUCGCUCCCGCACAGUCCCAGUGCAACGUGACGGUCCACAGGUUGCUGCCCACCUCGCUGGUGGCCCGCUGGGACAGCAGCUUCGGCUUCCAGUGUGACGUUCUCGUCUACACCACCAACAAUCACGGCAGGGCGUUCUUCUCCACCUCCUUCAACCGGGCCAUCUCACCCGUGGUGAUCGAGCACCUCGGGGUCACCGGGGGUCAGCAGGAGAUGAGGCUGUGUGUGGGUUGCGGGAUGUCCAGGUACCGCCGGUUUGGCCAGGGCAGGUCGAGGGGACAGCAGAGCGGGGAUCAGGUGGCUUUUUGCUGCGUGGAUUUCAGCCUGGACGAGCUGAAGGGGGACAAAGGUUGGAGGCUGAACAGGAAGCCCAUCGAGUCCACACUUGUGGCUUGUUUCAUGACUCUGGUCAUCAUUGUGUGGAGUGUUGCUGCUCUCAUAUGGCCGGUUCCGAUCAUUGCAGGAUUUCUGCCUAACGGGAUGGAGCAGAGAAGACCCAGAUAACUGAAAAACCAGCGACACUAAAGGGGUUUUCCGCAACGUUUAACGACUACCUCUGACCCCUGCUGUUAGAAAUCUAAAUACCAAGAAUUGCAAACUUGAUCUAGAUUGCAUGAGAUUUAUUUUCUAUCAAAUGUUCAAGUAGUGAUCUGUGAAACCUUUGUGAAAUCUCACAAAAGAGCAAUUGUAAGGCGUAUUUUACCUGAGAACUCCUUAUAAGGUGCCCGGUUUAAAAAUCUUACCCCAUAGACCGGCCAAACACGGACUGAAUAAUGGCAGAAACAGUGUGAUUUUUGAGACCUGUAUUUAAUAUGUGAAAACUGAAGAAAUUAUUAUUUUAGUACACCAGUCAGGCGGCUCAAUCCUGAAAAUAAUUAUUCUACACUAAAUACGGAUUAUAAAAAACCUAGUUUCUGAUUGAUAAAACCUUUGUUCAAUAUGCAAAACAAAUAAAAUUAAAAAAUCUAUUUCAUCAGCAAACACCGGAUCUACUUUGAAAAUGAUGCCACAUAGACAACUAAAACCAGGACAGCUUUUGUAUACUGAAGACAAAUUAUGUAUAAAAAAAAAAACAGUCUGUGGUUCUUGAAGUCUUUAUUGUUUGUGAUAAUUCAAAACAGGAGAAAUUUCAACACUUUUCUCUUUGGCCAGAGACUACCUUAUCUAUGGCUCCAGCUUGAAGAUUACACCACCUAGAUAAUUCAAAUCUAUACAGAAUAAUCCUACACUGCUGACAGAUUAUGUAAAUCAGAGUUUCUUGAUCUGUCAAACCUCUAUUUAACCAAAGAGUUAUUUUAUGGCUUUCGUUUUGCUUGAGAUCACUUUUAAAAAGCCCAUCCUGAAAAUUACACCACCUAGACAGGAAAAGUUAGAGAGAAUGAAAUGUUACAUUAAUGGUUUAUGAUUUGCAAAACAGAGGCCGUUUUUAGCUUUUGAACUUGAGGGUCAUCAUGAAAUGAAACCACCAGAUAGCUCAAACCUAGAAUUAAUGUACAAUGAUGACAGAUUACAAAAGCACACUGAAUAUUUCUGUCUAUGCUUGCCCUGUUUAGGUGAUCUAACCUUUAAGCUGGUCCUCAUGUAAGGUGAUUUUGGGCCAUGAAAAAAAACUGUAUUUAAUGUUUCUUGAAUCACAGCCUAUGUUUGAUAGAGUUUGCCUCUAGAGUAGAAUAAUUGUGUCCAUGUUCAGCUGUGUAGGUAUUGUAGGUCUAAAGCUGAAGCUAGUGUAAGGUGCUAUAAAAUUGCUGUUCUUUAAAAAGGCAGAAAAAAAGUUUCACUGAAAACAAAGAAUCUGAUCUUUACUGUGGAACAAUUCAUUUUGAAUGAAAGGUGUUCUCAGGGAAAAUAAUUUGCACUUUUGUGAGUUUUCACAAACUCUAUCCUAUAGAAUAUUUAAGUGUAAAACAAUCCAGUUCAAGUCUGACUGGUCUAAAAGCUUAGAUUUCCAACUAGAGCAGAUCAAAGGUAGUGCGGACUCGUUAAAUGCAGUAAAAUAGCCCAGUCAAGUGCCGAGUUGGACGCUCACUUCAGCAUCGUAAAAAAAACAAACUUCUAUAUCUGACUAUAGCCUGUGCUGCCUAUACUAUAAUUGUAGCCAUUCAGUUGUACACAUCAGUAAAUGAAUGUGGAGACCCUGGGACGUUUGGGUUGAUCUUUACCCUUUAGACCUCCUCUUCUUUUAGGACAAACUAAGGUAAAGUCUAAUUAUAAUAGCCAACAUUAAUCUAUACUGGGACCAAUACCAAUGUGUUUUGUACACCCCUAUAGGCCUUCCUAGAUUAUGUCAGUGUGAACGGGGUCACUUUUUCUCUUUUAAACAGUGUUUGAAUAGUUUUUAAUAUUUUUAGAUGUUUUUUAAAUCUUUUUUUGCUUUAUUACAAAGAUUAGGACUUUUGCACAAAAACCUGAACUUUAAAGUGUGCCGUCACUGUGGGCUAUUUAACCUAUAACCAUGCUCUGUAACAUGUACAUUUAACAGUUUCCUUUUCUCGUUUAAUAAAACCAUGGCAGAAAGACGUUGGUUAUAGAGAAGAUUUUAUUCAUUAUAUUGUUAUAUUUAUAAAACUCUAAUAUAUGUGUUUAUUUGUAUGAAUGUUGCGAUAUUUUAAAUGAAAUAAAUAAUUAAAGCCUUUAGCCUAC